AUGCCACCCAAACGCCCCCUUCGCAUCUUCUGCUUCGGCGACUCCCUGACGGCGGGAUACUCUGGCUUCGGGAGCUCAUACACGCCGUACUCGGAGGUCCUCGAGACGAAGCUCGCCGCCGCGUUUCCAGACGCCGACGUCCGGGUGCAUGAGAAUGGCAUGCCGGGCGACAUUGUCUCCGCAGAAGCGUUCAACAGGCGACUGAGGGCCGAAUUGGACGAGGCCAAGAUGCCGUAUGACUGGGUCCUCAUCCUCGGCGGCACAAAUGAUAUUGCGUACAAGAUCGCCCCGGAGACCAUCGUCGACAAUCUGAAGGAGUCGUAUCGCAUCGCGCUCGACAAGGGGAGCAAGGUCCUCGCGCUGACGGUGCCGCAGACGCAUGCCAGGGCGCGGUGGGUAGUGGAUGCGCGGCGGGCGGUGAAUGAGGGCAUCAUGGCGUAUGAUGACCCGAAAUCGUGA